GAGCUCUGUGGAUCGGCUUUAAUGAUUCCUUUCUGUUUCUCUUAAAGUGUUCAACUUUUUUAUCGGUUAAUGUGGAAUUAACAAAAGCAAGAAAAAUGGCUGAAGAAGAAGAAAAUGUAGAAGCACCACAGCCAUUAGUAUCAGGGCAAGAAAAAACAGAGGGUCUAAUACUAACCCCCUGGGAGCAGCACUCAGCUGUGAUUAACCUUCCUCGCUUCAACUACAAUGCUCCAUCUUCGCUUCUCGAGAAUUUCCAUUCUGGGUUCCUCAUCACCUGCCCCAUUAAGCGGGAGAAAAGUGCCACGAAAGAAGGCAUGUGCAUCCUUGAAAAGUAUGUCGGGACUUUGGGCAAAAAAAAUGUGGAAACCAUAGAUGCAGAUGUGGCUGUGAAGAGAAGGAAGAUAUCCUCUGAGGAAAUAGGUGGGAAAUGUUUGAGUAGUGCGGAAUGUGAGAAAGCCACUGACAAUUUAGAGGAUUCUGCAGGUGAAACUUCAAUACCAACUACUUUGUCCUCUGCCAGGACAGAAGCGGAUACGGAAAGAAAUCUUUCCCUUUCACUGGUGAAGCUGACAAGGAGUGGUUUGCUUCUCUUUAUCUUUCCGAAGGGAAAUUCUUCUGAUGGUAUUCGUAUUGUCUCUAAUAUAUUUCAUUCUCUAGAUUCUGGAAAUCUAAAGCCACCUCAGUGGUGCAAUCGCAUUUUUCCUAUUCAAGCAACUUGUGCUCUAAAUGAGAAGGACCUCCGCAUAGUUGUGUUAAAGCUUGUUCAACAAUUUUUGAAUGAUAAGCAGAAUAAUCUUGAAAAGCCUAUAAAGUUUGCAGUUGGAUAUAAUAGAAGGGGAAUUGAGGAGACAGAGAUGAAAUCCCAGAGAACUGCAGAAGGUUCGAUCUUAGUUGAUUUAUUGGACCGCAACAAGUGCUUCAGUGUUGUGGCUGGUGCAGUUAAGGAUGUUGUUGCAGAUUCAGUCGUUGACCUCAAAUCUCCCCAGUUUGCCAUUCUUGUUGAGUUGCUACCUGUUUCUGGAUUACCCAAUGGGUCCUUAGUGGUUGCUGUCUCAGUUCUUCCAAAUAAUCUUGUUAGUACCAAGCCACGGCUCUGCAUUAAGGCAUUGGUCUCAGAAACCAAGAGCAAGAACAAGGUUUGAAAUCGAUACUUGAUGGUUUGGCAAUGUUGCCUAGCCCUAACAGAAUUAGGACCCGUUCACGCUCUGUUGUUGCUUAGGUGAGAUCUUCACUCUCUGACUUAUGUAUCCAAAUUGGCGACUUGCUGCUGGAUUGAGAAGCUAUGAAGUGGUCGUAAACGAUAGUGGAAAUGUUGAUCUGUGUCAUGGAAUGCAGCAACCCCAAAUUCUUGAUGGAUGCUUUACAUGACUCUUCACCUAGCAUGGUUGAUGGGUAUACUGGCAAAUUAAAGAUUUUUCUGAAUUUACAGGAUUCAAAUUGAUUGGGAAUGUACCUGGCCAGUUUCAUGUUUUAAAGGUACUUUUUUUUAUGAUGUUGCCAUAAGCUUGUAGGUCUAAUCUGUGGUGUUAUUGUUCUAUAUAUGUAUCAUGCUACUUUAAUGGCUUCGAAUGAAAUUGAAUUGUCCAUUGAUUA